ACGCGAAGACCACGUUGCCUGUCAACAUGAAAACAAUUGGAAAACAACACAAGCUCAGGAUGUUUUUGUAUUUUCGUUUUAUUUAUUUAUUUAUUUAUUUUUAAACUGUUAAACGGUCAUUUUGGUCUUCUGUUGAAAAAAUAUCAGGCGCUGUAUUAGUAAGCCUGAAGGGUUCGGUUCUCAUCUACUCUCUAGCUUUUCUCCAGGGCUUGCUUUCGAGCUCUCAGGUUUGCUUGGAGACAAAAUUGGCGAGGCAAGUUAUGGCAGAAAGGGUAAAGAAGGAAGCGGAAGACGGAAAUUUGAACAAAACGGCAUCGCUAGGUGACGAGAACCUCAAAUCUGCUGAAGAUGAGGACGUAACCCUGGCUCAGUUGUCGCUUCAUCCUUCUAGUCCCAGGCCUAGACCUCUUGCUUUCUCUUCUUCGGUUCAGAGCUUGGAGAAAACUGGAAAGCGUGUUAAGUUGAAGAGAAGAUAUUCGGAUUCCAAAAUUAAGCACGCAAUGGCAGGUCAUGCAGGGAAGUGUAUCUGCUGUAGGCAAAAUAAGCCCGCAAUUGAUAGAUUGAACACUCCAGGGCAAGUUAAGUCAUCUGCCAUGAUUCGAGCAGAGGAGGUUCAGUCAAAUCUGGAAUCAGCACUCCCUAGCUUUGUGAAAUCUUUAGUUAGAUCACAUGUCGGUAGUUGUUUCUGGAUGGGGCUUCCUGGACCAUUCUGUAGAGCACACUUGCCAUAUGAGGACACAAUUAUCACUUUGGAAGAUGAAUGUGGGAAAGGAUUCAGGAUGAAAUACAUUGCAUAUAAGACAGGGUUGAGUGCUGGUUGGAGGCAGUUUUCUGUUGCACACCAAUUGCUUGAGGGAGACGUGCUGGUCUUUCAAUUAAUUGAACCUUGCAAGUUUAAGGUUUACAUCAUAAGGGCAAAUGAUUUGACUGAAGUGGAUGGGGCUUUGGGUCUACUAACUUUGGUUCCUCAAAUGAAACAAAAUGAUGCAGAUAAUGCCGAAAUGGUGACUGUACCUUGUAAAAGUACAAAGAGGAAACGUCCAAGGUCACUUCCAUUAGCUGUUGUCCAAAAGAGACAUAAGAAAUCUGGCAGGUCAAGAAUAUUAGUUCCAAAAAUUGGGCAAGUAGCUGAGCAAUCUGAAAAUGACAGUGAAGAAGUUGGCUCAGAAGUUCUAGAAGGUUUCAAGUUAUCCUUGCCUGCUAUUCAAUUCGAAAAUGUCAAAGACUUUGAGAAUUUCAACAUUCUCGUUGAUGGACUAGUUCUAGAUUCUGAAUUAUCAGAAGAUGUUCGAAGGAAAUAUUACCAGCUCUGCUGCAGUCAGAAUGCUUUUCUUCAUGAAAAUCUUAUCAAGGGCAUCAAUUUUAAGUUGAUUGCAGGAAUCAUUUCUGAAAUUGUUAAUAUCGCUGAUGCCAUAAGAGCUUGUAACCUUACCACCCCACGGAAUGAAUUCAAUACUUGGGACAAGACACUGAAAGCCUCUGAACAUUUUGGGAUGAAUGUUGGAUUUUUACGUGCCAAGCUGAGCCAGCUUGUAAGCCUUGCUUUUGAUUCAGACGGUGCCACAAAGACUCGUAGGUAUAUAGAAGCUAGAAGCGAACAAGUGCACGCAGAAGAUGAGAUAAGAAAUCUUGAAGCAAAGCUUGUGGAAUUAAAGGCAGCCUAUGACAAGUUUGGUGCUGAUAUUGAGAGUCUCAAGUCAAAAGCUGAAAGCUAUGAGCUCAAGUUCCAGGAAGAGGUUCUUGCUCCAUGGUGAUAUAUCCUUAACAAUAUGUUAUUAAUGUAUUUUAUCUUUUGUUUGCUUUGUUUCUCUUGUACUCAUAAUCUUACACCGGUACUUCAAAACAAGAAGGAAAAGUGGGAUUUGUGUGGAUAAAAUGGGAUGAUUGCUUGAGAAAAAUGACAGGUAUUAUCAUUGCAAACA